CAAUAAAACAUGGUUUACGAGAAUCAAUAAAAUGGGCAUACGUGUUUCACAUACAACUAACUAAGUUCUACAGAUUUAAGGCUUCAGAUCGCAGAAUGAUACUUUUAUUAUGUAUUGUAAUGUUAUGGAUGUCAGAAGCAGUCACGGAGCACAGAUACAGACGCUGGCCGCGAGUUAACGAAAUAAACACUCAAAUGUUUCUAAACAAAUUUAAUGAACGCAAAUAUAAUGAACCAGUAUACAGAAUGUAUUUACAAAAACCACAAAUGCCAAGAAAGAUAAACGUAUUUGAUUCUUUAGACAAGAAUUUUGACAAACACGAAAUUGUGACUACUAGACCCCUGAGCAUGGAGUUCCUCAACGCAGAGCUGAAACCUUUAAGUAAUGUAAUAAACACGGAUAAUGAUUUCGUUAACUUUAUCAUCCAACAUGAUGAUGCCAAUAAUGAUAUAAACGGUGUGAAUAAUGACGAAACUGUGAAACAAAAUGUUGUUGAAGAGAUGGAGGAGAAUAGUGACAUGUUUGAUUUUUGGUGGCUUGUUUAAACUAGAAUUAAAGAGUAAGACGUGGU